AUGGAUAAUAAUAAUAAUAUUACUAGUGGUGGUAAUAUUACUACAAACAACAACAAUAAUACAACAACUACUACCGCUACUAGUAACAAUAUUAUAUUACCAAUUAUAAAGACAAGUUUAAAUGGAUCGAAGUUAGAAUUGAAUGAAGUUGUACUUAAAGAGACAUAUGUACUUCGUAAUUUCAAAUUAAUAAAUACAGUUGAUUAUCCAGUACAAGUCAAAUUGAAAUCAGAUUUACCACAAGUUGCAUUCCAAUUAAACAAUGAGAAUAUGCAAGAUGAUUCAGAUGAAACACCAAUACAAGAUGAUGAUUUCAAUCAAUUAUUCAAUGAAGUGAAUUUAAUUGAUCAAGUCAAUUUGGCACCAAAAGAAAUUAAAAAUAUAGUUAUUUCAUAUCGUCCAUUUGAUCAACAAUUAUCACAACCACCAAAACAACAACAACAAUUAAUACAAGAUGACCAAUCAAAUAUAGAUAAUAAUGGUAAUAAUACAGAUAGUUCAACACCAAAUAUAGAUUUAAUUGAAAAUAUAAAUAAUGAAAGUAAUACAGAUAAUAAUAAUAAUAAUAAUAAUAGUAAUAAUAAUGAUACAACAAAAGAAAGUAAUGACGAGAAUAAAGAAUUAAAUGAUAAAGAUGAAAUUAUAAAAAAAGAUGGUGAUAAAAAGAAUGAUAGAUAUAAUUAUUUUGAAGUUAAAGGUAAAAUUUAUUUUAAUGCUGAGCCAUUAUUACCAUCAUCAUCAUCAUCACAACAAUCUAGUGAUAAUAAUGAAUUGAUUAUAUUACCACAACAAAAGGAAUUAAUUGUUGAUUUACAAAUUAGAAUUUGUAAAUCAUUAUUAAAGUUAGAUGUUAAUGAAUUAAUUUUUGAUGAUUGUAUAGUUGGUCAAACCUAUGUUAAAGAUAUAACACUUUGGAAUAAAUGUGAAAUGCCAUUAAGAUUCUCAACUUAUUAUAAAGAGAAAUUUGGAAACUAUUUUCAAUUCACAGAUUAUGCAACUGGUUUACCAUUAUCAAGAGAUAAUAGUAUUGUUCAAAGUUAUUCAUCAAUGACAAUUAGAGUUACUUAUCAACCAACAAAUAUUGGUCAAUUCACUUAUAAAUUUAAAUUGGAGAAUAAGAAUGAUUCAAAUAGUUAUGAAAUUGUUAUGAUUCAUUCUUUUGUUUCUGCUGAACAACAAAUUGAAUUAUUACAAGUUUCAACUAAUAAUUUAGAUUUAGGAGAUUGUUAUACAGAUGUUGCAACUUUUCAAACAUUUACAAUAAAGAAUAUAUCAGAAGAAUCAAUUGAUAUUAAUUUUAGUAGUGAUUUAUCAAUUAGUAGUGGUAGUAGAGGUGGUAAUAAUAAUAAUAAUAAUGAUGAUGAUGAAGUAACUUUUCAUUUUCAUGAAGAGGAUACUGAAAAGGAUUUAGAUGGAAAUCAAUCAAAGUUAUCCAUUGGUGAACAUAGAUCAUCUGAUAGUCAUGAUGAUUUAAUUAAAAUUAAUAAUGGUCAAUUAUCAAUUGGAAGUCAUGGUAGUGGUCACCACCACCACCAUCACCAACGUAAUACAAAUCAAAAGGGAGGCGGAGGAAAUCAAAAUCAUGGUGUUAAAAAUGGUAAAGAAAGAAUUGAAGAGUUAACACUUAAUCCAGGUUCAGAAAGAGUGAUUAGUGUUAGAUAUUGUCCGAAAUCAUUAUUCCCAAUUAGUGAUCCAAGAUCACAAAGAUUGAAUGAUAAAAACUUUAGAAUCCUUUUAAAGUAUGGUAAAUCAUUAUUGGGAGGUAAGCUAUCGACACAACAACAAAAGAAUAAAACCAUACGUGUAUCGAGUAGAGUUUGUACAUCGGUUGUAAAGAUACCAUCAGAGAUUAAUUUGGGUGAUUGCACAGUCGGUAGCAUCAAAGGAUACACUAUACAAUUGGUUAAUCUUUCAGAUUUAACAGCUCAUCUUCAAUUGAGAUAUCAAUCAAAGGUUGUAUCAUUCAAGAAUCAAACAUUCUCAAUUGCACCUAAACAAACCUACGAUUUACAAAUGGAGUUUUUACCACGUAAAAAUAAUCCAGACUAUCGUAAACAAAUCACUUUUAUCAAUUUAAAGAAUCCAAUAAUGGAUGAUCAACAACAGUUCCUAGAGGUACGUGCAAAUAAUAUCGAUGAACAUUCAGUUUCUGUUCAUUCUAAAUUUUAUCAUCUAGAAACUUCAUACAAUAAGAGUUAUAUCGAUUUCGAUGAAACCAUUGUAAAUUGUCCAUCCGUUCGUACGUUUAGUAUAAAAAAUGUUAGUAAAGGUACAUUGGUUCUAAAUCUUUCUACCUCUUUACCAGAUGAAAUUAAAUUAUAUACAGAGGAGAGAGAACUCUCAUUAUUGGUAUCACAAAAUCAAUCAUUAGCAAAUUCAACUACAAAACAAAAUCUUCAAGAAUAUCUCUCAAAAUUCUUUGAUGAAAAUAAAGAUAAUUCAAAUGUAGUUGGUGGUUCAAAUAAAGUUGGUAAUAGUCAAUAUUUAGAUUUAGCAUUAAAUCCAAAAUCUUCAAAAGAAAAAGAAAAAGAUAAAGAUAAUAAAGAGCAACAACAACAACAACAACAAUCAUCAUCAUCGUCACAAGUACCAAAGCAACAAUCACCACAACAACAAUCACCACAACAACAAUCACAAGAUUCAAAAGAUAAACAACAAUUACAACAACAAGCACAAGAAAGAAAGAAAAAAUUACAAUCAAGUCAUGACCAAAGUAAUCCAAAUUCAAGAACUAAUUCAAGAGCUUCUUCACCUUCAUUUGAUUCUUCAAAUAGUAAAGAUAGUAAAGAUAGUAAAGAUAAUAAUAAUAAUAAUAAUAUUAUUUUAAAUAAUAGUAAUAAUAAUAUUGGUAGUUUUGGACCAGGUUCUUUAUCAAGUCAUAGUGCAACUAAUAUACCAUUUAUAAAUACUUCAAAUAAUGUUUUAACAAAUAAAGAUGAUGAUUCAAAUUUACAAGAUGACAAACAGCAACAACAACAACAACAAUCAUUACAAUUACAACAAUCAUCACAAUUACAACAAUCUCAACAAAUUCAACAACAACAACAACAAGUUGAUUUAUCAAAUCUUUUAACAUCAUCAGGAUUAAUUCAAUUUAUCCAAACAUUUGAAUAUGAUAAUAAUCCACCAUUAUUUACAGAUUUAGAGAGUGAAAAUUCAUAUAUUACAUCACAAAUUAAUAGAUUAAAGAAAUUGGAAACUAUUAUUCAAUCUGGUCAAUUAAAGAAAUUGGAUAGAUUAGAGAUUGAACAACAAUCAGAGGUAACAAUAUUUAUUGUAUCAAAGGUUAGUGGAACGAAAAGACCUUGGUUAGGUGGUAAACUAAAGAAUAUGGAAGCUAAAUUAUUCAUUUCAUUAGAGUCAUUGAAUGGUAUAAAGAUCAAUGAUUCACCAAUUAGAGAAUUGAUGGUAUCAACUAAAGUUUGUGGAUCCAUUAUGGAUUUAGCUCAAAGAUAUAUCAAUUUCGGUAAUAUCAUUCAAUAUGAUUAUCGUACGAAAUCAUUGGUUAUCAAUAAUCUUUCACAAGUACCAUUGAUCUAUAGAAUUAAGAAAUCCGGUUCAAUCACUAGUGGUAAUUUAAAUAUUGAAAAUGCAGAUCGUAUGGGUAUCGUUAGACCCUACAGAAAGAGAGAGGUUCAAUUCGUAUUCAAACCAACCUUUUCUGGUAUAUUUGAUGAGAAAUUAAUCAUUGAGAAUGUUUAUGAUCAAUGUAAUAAUCAAAUAGUUCAUAUUAAAGCAAACGUAAAGAAACCAAGACAUUUCUUUCUCAAUACUUUGGAUAUAGAUUUCGGUGUAGUCAUGAUCAAAGGUAAAUCAAUCACAAAACGUAUCACACUCACAAACACUAGUAAUCAACGUCGUAUCUUUAAAAUCAUUGAUGAUAAUCCUUCCUCUUUUGAAUCUUGUUUAAACAAAUUAUACUUUAAACUUGAAGAGAAAUCUGCUUUUAGUAUCUCUAAAGAAACUGAAAUGGAAAUUGAUCUUUUAGAAAGAAAAUUAAAAAUUUGUCGUAGAAAAGGUCAACAUGAAAAAGCUUUAAAAAUUAAUAUGCAAAUCGAAAAAUUAAGAAAUUCAGGUUCAAUCACACCAAACCCAAUCUCUAGAGCAACUUCACCAACACCAAUUGAUGAUAAUGAAAAUAAUGAAUCAAAUAUUGAAAAAGCUUUAAUUGUUGAGCAACAACAACAACAACAACAACAACAGCAACAACAACAACAAGCUAUAACAACAACAACAACAGCAACAACAACGCCACCAGUUCAACAACAAUUAGAAAAGAAACAAUUUUGUAAAAUUGGUGAUAAUUCAAUUACAUUUGAAGUUGAAGGUGGUGGUAUUCAAAAUGUUUUGGUUUAUUUCUCACCAGUACCAAAACCAGGUACUAAAAAACAAUGGUAUGGUAAAGAGGAUGGUAAUGGUUCAAUAUUAAUUUAUGAAUCAAAGAAUAUUGAUGUCACUAAAAAGAUUAAUUAUAUUUCAACAGUUUGUUUCGAUGAAGAAACUUAUCGUCAAAAUUAUCUUUCAUCAAAUGCAAUCAAUAGUGCAAAUACUGUACCUGAUAAUCAAUUACCUUCAUUCUCACCAUUUAAACCACAACAUUUUACAUCAUCAUCACCAAUUCCAUUUGGUAGUGGUAGUUCAAGAGUUAUACCUUCAUCACCACCUCCACCAUCUUCACCAAGUUUCUCAAAUAAUAUUUUAUCAAGUACAACUUCAAUUUUUAAACCAACAGCUUCAAAAGCAACUUCUUCUUCUUCAUCUUCCUCAACAACUACAAAUUCAACAGCUCUUACAAUUUCACCAGGUAAAAUUGAUUUAGGUGAAGUUAGAAUUUAUGAAGAUAUUACAUUUAGAUUUACAAUUACAAACCAUACUGGUCAUAAAGUUCCAUUUGAUAUUAAUGUAAAACAACCACCAAAACCAUCAUCAACAUCAUCAUCAACAUCAACAACAUCAACAACAACAUCAUCAACAUCAACAACAACAACAAAUUCAAAUAAUAAUUCAAGUAAAAAUGUUUUAAUAUUAAAAGAGAAAUCAGGUAUAAUUGAACCAUAUGGUAAAAGAUUAAUUGAAGUAAUUUGUCAACCACAAAUACCAGGUAAACAAACUCAUACGAUUGUAGUUACAUCAACACAAUAUCAUUUUGAAAGUUUAUUAUUGGUUGCAUUAAGUCCAAGACCACCACAAUAUUUAGUAUUCCCAGAUUUACCAUCAACACAAAUUUUAGAUUUUGGAAAUUGUUAUUAUGAUAAAUCACAGAAAUUCUCAAAGGUGUUACCAUUUAGAUUGGAUAAUUUAUCGGGUAAAUCAUUGUAUAUCUCUAUGAAAUCAAAUUUAACUCAACAGGUAUUUGUAUUUGUUGAUGAUAGAUUAUCAAAGCCAGCCGAUAAUUUAUUCUUGAGUGGUUAUGAAAAAUCAGUGGUUCAAAUUUGUUUAAGACCAAGUAUGACCAGUGAAAAUUAUGUAGAUGGUCAUUGUAGAGAAUUAAUUGGUGGUAUUAGAAUCAAAGUACAUGAUCAAGAUCAUAAUUUACUCUAUGAGAAUACUAUAAAAUUCACAUCGAUUGUUGGUAAGAGUAUUUUAAGAGUUGCAAAGAAUAUGAUUGAUUUAGGAUCAACUAGACAAUUGGGUGAAACCAUUUCAUCAUCAUUUACAAUCUCAAAUGUUUCAACUUUGUUACCAUUGAAUUAUCAAAUCACUCAUAGUAAGAAUUUGAAAUUAUCUUCGAAAUUGGAAGGUUCAUUGGAGGGUAGUGAAGUUAGUCAUCCACUCUCAAAGGAAAAGAUUCAUUUCUCUUUGGUAGCUUCAAUUUAUGGUUUAUAUGAAGAGAGAAUUAUCAUUACCAAUCUAAGUUGUUCAGGUCAAAAACUUGAAAUCAAUAUACGUUUAUUGGUUGACGAUUCUUCAUUAACUACAAAUUUACCAAUCAAUAUGAAUGGUGGCGGUGAUAUGUUAAGAUUCGACGAUAUCUAUGUUAGUCCAAUAUCUUGGAAUGAAAAGAUUGCUGCCGGUGAUAGAAAGUUAUUAUCAUUCGUUAUAACACCACAACAAUACUUGAUCGAUCAAGGUUCAUUAAGUGCAUCGGAUCAAUUAUAUCAACAAAAACAAUUCACAAUGAGAAAUUAUCUCAAGUAUGAUAUUCGUAUCUAUCCAAAAUCAAAUAUAAACAUUUAUCUCUUCCUUCAUGAACCAACAAUUGAAGAGUUACAAAUGAUUAAAUCUCAAUCAAUGGGUGAUCGUAGAAAGUCAAUGAGAUUAUGUGCAAAACCAUUCGUACUUUCAAGUGAACAAAAAGUCAUAGCUUAUCCACAACCACCACAACCUGAUACAAUCAUAACACCAAAACAAAAGUUAAUGUUAUGUAAAGGUCGUAAAGUCAAAUUUCAAGGUACACUUGUUUUCGAAAGAUCAGAUUCAACUCAUUAUCCAAUUGCACCUGGUGAAGGUAAAACUCAUAUUUCAAAAUUAGUUUCAAUUACUGGUAGUUAUUGUAUGUCAAUGAUGGGUGAAAUUUUAUUUGUAAAUGAUCAAAAUAAUAAUACUCAUCAAAAUAGUGUUAUUAUUAAUAAUAAUACAAUUGAUAUUGGUAGAGUUGGUUAUGAAAAUUCUUGGAAAGAAAUUUUCACUACUAUUGAAAUUAGAAAUCUUUCAGAGAUUCCAUUAGUCAUUCGUGUUAGAUCACUUCCUUCAAAAUCAAUUAGAGUUUUAUUAAAUCAUCCAAAUCAUUCAAAUUUAACUUCACCAUCUUCAUCUUCAAAUAAAAUAAUUUUACCAAGAAUUAAAAAAUCAAUUAAUAAUAAUAGUAGUAAUAAAUUAAUUAAAGAAAAAGAUGAUGGUGUUAAUGAAAUUUUAAAUGAUAGAAAAGAACCACAACAACAACAACAACAAAAAGAAAAAGAAGAGGAAGAAGAAGAAUCAAUUGUUAUUGAAUUUGAAAUUCCAUCAUCAGAAUCAAAACAAAUUAUUAUUGGUAUUGAUCCAACAAAGAUUGAACAAACUCAACCUGGCCCAAUAACUUAUCCAAUUCAAUUUGAAAAUGUUAUGAAUGAAUUUAAUACAAUGUCUGUUAAUUUCCAAUUAUAUCAUACUUUUAGAGUUUUAAAUUUUGGUCGUUUAACAAGUACUCCAGCAACAACAACAACAACAACAACAACAACAGCAACCUCUACUGUAAAUACACCAUCAUUAACAGCUUCACCAACAUUAGCUAAUAAUAUUGUUGGUAGUGGUAGUGGUGAUAGUGGAAAUAGUAGUAGUAUUAUUGUUAGUGGUAGCAUUAAUAAUAGUAAUAAUAAUAAUAAUAAUAAUAAUUCAACUAAUAAUGGUGAUAUUAUAUUACCAUGUAUUUAUCAUCCUCCAUUAGUUGGUGCAUCAUCUCAAUCUGAUGAAUGGUUUACAAUUGAAAAUACAUCUAAUAAAUCAUUGAAAAUUCAAACUGAAGUUGAUUUAUUACCACAAUUUUCAGAGUUAAUUAUGGUGGAAUUAGUUCACAAAACAUCAAAUACACCAAUACCAUCAUUUUCAUUACGUCCACAAGAAGUGAUUGAAGUUAGAAUUCGUGCUAGACCACGUCCAGAUUCAAAACUACGUGAAAGAUCAUUUGAAGAAUUAACAACAUUUGGUAAGAUCAUUUUGAAUACUUCAAUUUAUCCAAUCGAGGUGAUUCCAUUGAAAGGUACAAUCUUACCUGGCCAUUAUUUCUCUCUAUCAAUUAAUCGUUUGAAUUUCAAUGUUAUCUCUCGUAUCACAAAUAAAGAGGGUGAAGAACAAUCUCUCUUGACAACAUUGGAUGAUUAUUUCAAAAUUAAGAAUACCAGUAGUCAUUAUUCAUUAACAUUUAAAGUUGAAUCGGUUUUCAAUCAAAAUCAAUGGUUAUUACCAACAAGUUGUGUAAAAUUAUCCCCAGAAGAGGGUGAAAUACCACCAAAUGAACUAAUGAAUGUUAAUGUUGUUAUCGAUUUAAAUGGUAUUGAUGAUAUACCACCUUCUUCAUCUUUUGUUGUAAUUGUAACUGCUUUAGAUACUUUAAAUAAUGAAACUCAAAAAGUUAAUAUUAAUUUAGUUGGUAAUUAUAAACCAAUUCCAAAUCCAACCUCACCAUCUUCAAAUUUAAGUGAAUUAAAACAACAACAACAACAACAACAAUUACAACAACAACAACAACAACAACAAUUAUUAUCAAAUAAUAAUACACCAUCAACAUCAUCAGUAUCAACACCAAUUACAAUUAGUUCACAAUCAAUUCCAAAUAGUUCAAAUAUUAAUGAUAUUUCAUUAUUAUCUAAUAAUAAAGAUGGUUCAAUUAUAAAUAACACUCAACCAAUUGCAACUACUUCAACAUCAUCAUCAUCAACAAUAACUACAACAUCAAAUAAUAAUAAUAUUAAUAAUCAAAUUAUUACACCAAUUAUAGUUAAUGAUCCAAUUUCAACAGGAUCAAUUAUAAAUUUAAAUAAAUUACCAAAAUUAUCAUUAAGGGGUUGUACACCAAUUCAAAGAUUAAAGAAUUGUUAUGAAAUUCAUCUAAGUCAACAAGAGUUUUCAUCUGGAUCAAUACCAUGGGAAUUAACAUUAGAGAAUUUAUCAGUUAAACCAGUUGAAUAUUCAAUUUACUCUAUGAAAGAUAAUGAUGAUACUUGGUUAAAUUUAAGUAGAAACUCUGGUAAAAUCGAACCACAUGGUCGUCAUAUUAUCACAGUGAACUUUUCAACAAAACGUAUCGAUAUGUAUUCCACUUAUCUAAUCAUUGAAAAUCGUAAUAAUCCAGCUGAUAUCAAAACCAUUCAAAUCACAUUUGAUGUCGUUGUUAAACAAAAUUCACAUUUCAGUGUUUUGGUUGAAGGUAAACAAAACUCGGCACCAAUAAUCAAUUUGGGUGACGUUUUCUAUAAUAUCACCUAUACCGAUAGAUCAUUCAUUGUUUCAAAUUCUUCUUCAAUGCCAUUGGAUUUCAUGCUAAGUACUUCUUUAUCACCAAAUGAUCCAACCGAAGUUUGUUUCUCAUUAUCUCGUUCCUAUUUACGUCAAUUCAAUACACUCUAUGUAGAACCAAAUAGUCAAGUUAAAGUUUUCGUUUAUUUCCAUGUUCCAUCUUCAUCAAAUCCUACAAACAAUACAUCUUUCACUCAAAAAGAUAUUAAAAUCUUUUUAAAUUGUAGAUUAAUUCGUGAUUAUCAACAAAUCAUUACACUAUCAGCAACUUGUAGAUAUCCACAAAUGAAAUUAUCUGAUCAAAAUAUAGUUUUUAAAGGUAAAAUCAUUAUGAAAGAUGAAAAAGAUAAAGAAAAAGAAAAAGAUAAAGAAAAAGAAAAAGAAAAAGAAAAACAACAACAACAACAACUAAAUGAUAGUAAUUUUAUUUUAAAUAAAGAUGAGAUUAGAAAAUCAAAUGAACCAAAUAUAGCAGCAACCACAACAACAACAACAACAACAUCAACAAAUACAACAAUGACAACAACAUCUAGUAAAUCAUCAAUGAGUACAGGUACUAGUGGUAGUAAAAAAGUUGAUUUUGAAUUUGAUGAUUCAAGUGGUAGUUCACAAAUUAUUAGAGAGAUUUCAAUUUAUAAUAGUUUUAGUGACCCAUUAUCAAUUGUUGUUAAAGCAAAUACAAUCUUCUUUAUUAUUGAUCCACCAAGUAAUGGUGUAAUUUCAAUUGAUCCAAUGACAUCUAGUUGUAUUACAGUUCGUCCAAAUAUUCCAGCGAUCCUAGAACAUACUAAUCUAUUGUUGAAAGAGAAAUACUUGGAAGAGCAUAUCAUCGUUUAUAAUAAACAUAGUUUAACUGAGAAAUAUGUAAUCUCAUUACGUAUUACCACUGGUCAAUUGACUUCAUUCUCUGCAAGUUCAGGUUUGAAAGGUGGUUAUCAUUAUAGAUCAUUGGAGCAAUUGAUCACUAAAUUCAUUCGUAAAUUUAAAAAGUUUUGGUAUAGUCUUUAUCUCUAUUGUAUUCAAACUAAUAAUCAACAACAACAAUUACAACAACAACAACAACAAUUACAACAACAAUUACAACAACAAUUACAACAACAACAACAACAACAACAGCAACAACAACUUCAACAUCAAUUACAACAACAACAACAACAAUUAAAUAGUUCAGGUGGUUUAAAUAGUUCACAAAAUUCUUUAUUAAUGAAAUCUUCUUCUUUAUUAUCUUUAAUUACAAAUUCUGAUUCAAAUUGGAAUGCACCAAUUCAAAAUACUAUAUCAUCAUCAUCAUCUUCUUCAUCAUCAUCAUCUUCAUCAGUGUCAUCUAAUAUUGGUGGAAAUAAUUCUACAGUUGCAAGUGGUAAUAUAAUUUCAAAUAGUUCUGUAAUUAGUAAUAGCAAUAACAAUAAUAACAACAAUAAUAAUAAUAAUAAUAAUAAUAAUAAUAAUAAUAAUAAUAGUAGUAGUGGAAAUAGUUCAAUAAUAAAUACAAAUAUUUCAACUACAAGUGGAAUAUUUGGAUCAACUAAACUUACAAAUGAGGAAUUAAAAGAAUUGGAAAAUAUAUUUGAUAUUUUAGAGAAUGAUAACGAUAAUGAAUCGCCAUCACCAUCAAAUGAUCAACAUCAUCAACAAUCAAUAUUCCAUGAAUCUUACCAAAAACUUUUAUUUGAUCUUCAUCAUAUAACAAAUGAAUUGGUAUUAUAUGGUUUAAAGAAACAAGUUGGUCAAUUACCAUCACAAUUGGCAACAUUAUUCUAUUUCAAUCUCUUCAAACAUGGUGUUUUCAAAGUAAUACUUAAAAUGAAGAGACAAUUAAGUAAAUCUUCAUCGGCCGCUUUGGCUCCACAUCUUCAUAUUCUAAGUGCUUCAGUUGAAAGUUUAAAUGAAUUUUUAUCUUAUUUUCCAGAAAAAAGAGAUGAUUUACAAUCUUUACGUAAUUUGCAAUCCGAAAUUAUUAAAGCUGUUCAACAAUCUUCAGUUUCACCUUCAAAUAAUUCUAAUAAUACUGGAAAUACUUCUAAUCCAAACAAUAAUAAUAAUAAUAAUCUAAAUAAUAAUAAUAAUAAUUCUAAUGUUUCAAAUAAUUCCAAUAUAAAUAAUCCAACUCCAAUUUAA